UUUGUUGCGUUAACGAACGUUGCUCUUUUAGUCUUCAUCUACCAUUCAUAAUAUUAUUAUACCAGGAACCAGGUUACCAGAAUUAAAACUUGAAGUAGCCUAAAACUGGCUAAGUUUGCUAAAGUUUGUGCUUGUUAGCCUUGUAGAAGUUGUAGUACCUACCUAAGUUCAAGUAGGUUGUAAAAAAUGGAUGCUGCAGCACAAAUAUGAGCACCAAUUCAGCCAGAGGAGGAGACUCUAUUGAAGAUUAUACUUCAGACACCUUGAAUUAUGCCCUCGAUGCACUUGGCUUGUUGAGCCGUGUUACUGACAGCCGACAUCAAUACUUGCAAGAAAGAGAACAAAUAUUUGGCCGCCUUGAGGCUCUAAGUCUGAGUGACCGCGGACUGGGGGCCAGCACUGCUGCUUCGGCCUCUGCAGCAACUGUUAUGCCACACACACCAACAAAGUCACUGGAAGGCCACAAUACAGAGAGUGCUUCUUUUGAUUCUCUGCAGGGCUGUUCUGAAAACUUACCUACUCAUUCCAUCAUGGAGAGGCACAAUUCGUUUUUUCCUAGGUUAUCUAACAAGUUUUUGUUGAGUUCCACUAUGACUGCAGAUACAAAUGAUUCCAAAAAUUGCAGCCCUGUCGAAAAAGAGAAUUCAAUAUUUUCAGGCCUCAAAACCUUGACAAUUAAUUCGGAUUUCUUCUCAAGUUUUAGCAGUUACAGCUUGCCAGGCCACUUGGCUAAUUCUCAGAAGACUCGUCAUUCAAUUGCCUCUUGUGGUUCUCUUGAAAAGGGAAAACCAUGGCAGAAAGAUCACAUACGCAGUUUUUUAAGGAGAAAAAGAUUCAGAUCUCACCCUUACACUUUAGAAGGGAGUGAAAAGUGCUCAGCCUUGUUUGAAAUGUGCGUCCAUAGUUCAGAGAGAACGAGCAACUUGACAGGCUGCUACAGACUUCGUACUGCCAGCCUCAGCAGCGGAGUAAGUGGCAAGAACAAGAAACAAACGCUUGUGUCCCUGACAGGCGACGCAAUUUCUGGGUCUGACGCAGUGGCAACUGGAAGGCCGUGCUACGCCGUGCCAGGAAUGGUUGCCCGGUCGCGCAGCAUGGAAGACCUUUCUGCCGCUGCUGCUGCCGACUUACACAGCACUACUGCUGAUCUGCACGCCGAUGUGCUGCGCACCAGAGAAGUUGAGAACGUUUCUCGGGCCAUACAACAAAUGUGUGUCCAAGACACUGGAUGAGGAACCAGCUUUCUUAGUAAUCCUUUGAUGUAAAUUUCUGUUUACUGUUAUUUUUGAAGAAAAAAAAGUUUACCAAUGAUUUUGAAUUUCGUCACUUGAUAUGAAAUUCUAUCACACAUGCGAUGUUAAAUUUUUUUAGUUAUAUCUCAAUUAGUAUGCACCCAAGAUUGUUCCGCUGAGAAAUCCUCCUAAUAGCCGAAGCAAAGUAUAAAAAUUGUAGAGAUAACUGUUGGAUGAGACUGCAUCAUCAAAAGCUCCACCUUUUGUGGAAUCAGUAGACGUGGCUGUGUGUUUUGUGCUCGUAAGGUUAAUCUUAAGAAUUGCGGUUGCUCUAAUGCCAGCAUUAUUUCGCCGGAAAUCGGUGCAUUAAUUUUUUUUUGUAUAAAGCGUGUCUAUAAACGGUGGCAUUAUUAUCAUAGUGUGACUAACCUAAAAUUAGGUUUGGAGCUAGUUGAGAUUUGUCCCGGGACUUGAUGACGUUCACCGGCAUUCCAUUUCACUUUUCCCUUCGUCUCACAGAACUUGCUGUUAGCGUCGUUUGCUCAUAGCGUUUUUGUUCUUCAGAUCGUUUUGAUACAUUUCUUGAGAAAUGACUCCAAGUUACUCAAAUAUGAUUUCGAUUGUUUUAAUGAUAGCAACUGUGCACUUUUCUUCUUGUUGUGCCUAGAGAACUGUUGGAUUUGUAAUGAGGAUGUCAUACUCGACAUUUUUGCUCCAUUUACUUGUGUGCUUGUAACUACUGAUGAGCCAUAUUUAGAAAUGAUACCUGAUGUCACCAAGCAUAAAUAACCUGUCAUUUUAUUUGUACUAAUCUCAGGGGGCAUGCGACUUUUUGUUGUUUAUUGUGCUAAUUGCUUUCAGUUGAGCGGAAUAACAUCUUGUGUAAAUUAUUGUUCGAGUAUUUUGAUGUUCACCAUUUUGCAAAUAUUAUUCUUUAUUUUUAUUCUGUUGUAUUUUUUGAGUCGGCAAUAUGAAAAUUAUCCCAAAUGAUCGUAUUUUAAUUCUUCGUGUAUAUCUGAAUCCAGAUAGAUUCUUUACCGUUUUCAAUGAGAUCUGGAGCUCAUCUUCUGUUCGUCAACUGUGCGUCCUUUUUUAACUAAGGCCUGUGAAUUAUAACUCUCUUCCUUACCUGUGUACUUAGUGCGUUCAAGGACGAUAAUUUGCUUUACUUACGUAUAUAACAGAUUGUCAUUAAUUCGAUGGUUGUCAGCCUGUAAAAUUCCAAGAAUGAUAGAAAUUCUUCAACUUUGCUAAUUGGUUUAACUAUGAUUAAAUUAAAAUCUUUUGUCUCUGCCUAUUUUAAGUACUUCAAGUUUAAUUGUCAAUAGUUUGGUGCUGUGUGUGGCUCAUACCGAUUGUAAUACAGAUUUUUUGAUGUUUACCAGAUAAAGUUGUUCUCGCGUUCUAAAUCGCCUAGUCUUUGAUGUCAAUACAAUUCUUUUUCCAAAGUGUUUGGUAAACUUGAAUAUUUAACUCCUUAAUUGCAAUGGGAUGAAGUUUGACUAGGUCGAAGUUAAUAAGGAACGGAAACGGCUUCUCACGCUUUUUUUUCAGGCUUACUUGACUUAUGAAUCAAUUACAUUUCUUCAUGAAAAUGUGGGAUUUUCCAAUGUUUCUUAAUUAUUUGCAAUGGAAUAAAUAUAAACACUUUCACAAGAUAUACCUGCUGCAAACCUUUUGACUUCAUUUGCAACCGUAAAGAUUUGUUCAUGGAUCAUGGUAAUCCUUACAUUAAUCUCUUAAUUUUCCGAUCAGGACUAAAAUUUUGGUAAAUAACCUAAUGUCAUAAUUUGUUGAAAAUUCAACGAUAGCAAAGAUAUUUUGGUCUUUUAAAUGGAAACUUUAGAUGCUGAACGACCUGAAGAUCAAAUUAUUGUGUUGUCUGACUUUACUGUAUGUAUUUCCGUGCUCCCGAUAAUGCCACUAAUGUAAGCUGGGGGUCGACAUUUCACUCGUCGGCUUACUUUUCCUUUCCUACCUCCAAUAUUACAACGAACUUAUCAUUUGAUAGACGCAUAAUGGAUUCGUUCAAACCGUUUUAGAUGCGGAUGAAAAACUUGAAAAAUAAGUAUCUUACAAAUUAGCACGUAUCAGAAUUAGUGUCUGCCGUCACUAAUGCAAUGUGUUCGUAACGUUAGCGCCGCAGAGUCGUGUUAACUAAAUUUUUUAUGCUGCCUUUUGUAUUUUUUGGUAUAUUUGGCGUUAUUUUAUUGAAUCAGCUUCUUUCAAAUUUCCAGUAUGUUUUGUAGUUGUGGGUUGCCUCGUCUUGAUCAACAUUCUCGUUCUUGAUAUGUCCAGAAGGCUUGAUUUAAUCAGACUAGAAGUUCGAUACCCUGCUGAUACCUCGGUAAAAAGUUGCCACGACGAUCCGUUUAGUGCAGUAAUUGAUUGAAUGAAAAUUUUGUCCAAUAAUUUUCAUCCUGAUGAGAUUUUAGUUGAGAGGUUUCCUUUCAAGCAAAUAUAAAUUGGUAAUCAAGCUACUAGAAUAGAAGUAAUAUAUUGUGAAGUAGCUUCCCCGUCGUAAUUUACUGUCUUGUGAUGCAUGAUGAAAACGGCUCUUUUAAAUCAUAAUUUACAGUAGUACCGGUUAGAAAAAACUCGCUAUAUUAUUUCGCUGAAACGCGAUUCGGGCUUUUGAAGCACACGAAUUCCGAAGUGCGUACGGACGUGAAAGGUGAACUUAGUACAAGUUGUUGCAUAGUUUCAUUACUAAAUCUAUCCAGAUCACCCAAUGUUAAAUUUGUGUCUAAUAUUACAUUUCGCGUCUUGUUAUAAACUGUUAUGCUUUUCAGAGAAAUUUUAGUAUGCCAUUCAUUACCACAGCAUGAUUAGGUGCACAAGUAAUUUUGGAACUUCAUUUUUCGUGAAAAAGAAUCUUUCUUGCAAAAAAACAUUUUUACAGGUCUCUUGUAACAUUGACGAAAAAUUUAGUGUUAGAUUAUCCUAGUUUCUUUGUACUAGAUGCGUCAAUGCGACUCGCUAUCCGACCUGCGUAUUCGAAAAAACCGGUACUCAUAAAUGCUGUGAUCAUAUAAAUUGAAUCUCCGUCACCGUGAGAUUAACUAUUUAUUCUUAUGCUCUCUGAAAAUUUUACUCGUCAGUUGAAGUGAAUUUUUUCGUAAAACUUGUCACUGAAUCGCUGAUGCCACGUUUCGUGGUUAGCUGUAGUUAGUUCUCUACCGUCGAGUUUCCGGACAUAUUGAGAGGCCACUCACUAUAUUGCUCGGAUGUCAUAUUAUUCAUUUGACUAGUAGCAGGCUCUUAAUUGCUAAAAAAUAAUCAAACUGCUUAUCACACAACUUGUUUACCAAUUACCUUGUGUAAACCUUGUCUUGCUAAUACAUGUUUCUCUAGCAAAGAUGUGAGCAUGUAGGUAUUAUUUCGCUUCUCUAUCUUAAGAUUGACUUCAGUGUGUUAACAUUAGAAGAUACACUCGAUAUAGGAGCUGUAAAUAACAAGUUUCGAGGUUAUCCAAUUAUGAAGACGAUGCAGAACCAAACUUUGCAUCCUCUGAUCUCGUGUAGCAUUGUUGCUAUUCUAUAAUUAAUACGAAGCUGAAUGUGCUAUUGUAACCAUAGCUUCAACGUUUGUAUAGAGCGUUACGCCUUGUACAUGCAUCUUAUUGUAAGACUUUACAUACGCUUCGCAUAUAACUAGUUUCUCAUAAAUACGCGAGUUUC